CGGUUGCGUUUAGUGCACUUGCGGCUUCGUACGCACAAUCUUCAGCCCAGCCCAAAGUGAGUCGCCAUCAAUGCAGCGCCAAGUGUUGUGCCCCGUUGUGGUUCUCGUCCUGUGGACGAUGCAGCUGGAGGUGAUUGGCAUGGCCAUCACCAACGGUCACUGCCAGAAGAACAUCAGUGUCAAGUACCAGGUGCCGGUGGCCAAGAGCCGGAUCGCCAGUCCGCUGAAUGCCAGCCACCAAGCUGAUUUGGACAGCUAUGUGGUGUUCGAGGAGCGGGUGCGCUGGGACAGCAUCCAGGUGUGCUGUCCGGGAUACCGCACCAUCCUGUUCGGCUUCUGCGAGCCUGUCUGCCGGGAGGCGUGUCCCGCCCACAGCUACUGUGCGGAACCGGAGCGCUGCCACUGCCAGCGGGGCUACGAGCCGUCGCACCACCACACCACCCACCGCCCCACUGGCCACCAGCUCGUGUGCCGGCCCAUCUGCCAGGGCGGCUGUCCGGAGCACAGCCACUGUGUGGCCCACAACGAGUGCGAGUGCAGGCCGGGAUUCAAGGACGCGAGCAGCUGGUUCAGCCUGAGCCUGCGCUGCGAGCGGGUGCAGUGCGGCCACGAGCAGCGAUUCGAUCCGGGACGACGGGCCUGUGUCCAGAUCGAGAUGAGCAUGGAGGAGCUGAUGCAGCGCGUCGCCGAGCGACUGGCCAAGGGUCUUGGGCCGGAGGCGGAAGCGGAAACGGAAGCCACCUCCGAACCGGAAACAUAGGACUUAAGAGGGUGGAAACCAUAUAUCAUUACCCAAUUUAAAUCUCAAGUCCUAACCCAUAUUCCUAGUAUCUAAAUGCUUAAUGCAGUAAAGUUGACAAUGCUUGUUCUUUAAGUAAUCUAAAUCUAAUUUGCAAACCAAAGCUCAAGUCCUAAACCAUACUCCUUACAUUUAAAUGCUUAAUAAAGUAAAAUUUGCCAAUUAUAGCUCUAUAAAUACACAAAUAUUAAAUAUUUUGUUCGUCUCCAAAUUUUGUUUUCAUAAAAAUUCACAUAUGAAAUUAAAUAAAAUAAGUAAAAUAUAUGUGUCUUAAAAGUUAGACAAGCUUGUGAGUCCCAUAUACUGGCCUGCAAAGAAGAUUUUGGAAGUCGACUAAAAUCUAAGCCUACCAUAUUUCUAAUAUAAUCAUUUCAGUUCUGAAAAUACACAUUUUUAUUUGAGAAACUAAAGUCAAAAUUCCCAGUUAGAAAUCUAGUUACAAAUUUAUUGUUGUUCUUCAGACAAUAAAAAACUUCGUUUUGUUCAGUUGGUACAACCAAA